CGCCAGUCCCGCCGCGGCGCCGUCAUCGCAUGCGCAAGAGCAACUAUUUUCUCUCUCGGCAAUUGUUUUUAUUUCACUCCUGCAUGUAAAGCCAAAACACAAGGAUGACUGAUUAUGAGAAAAUAAAGGCGAUGUGUCUCGCCAAGGGGGAGUUGUGGGAAGACCCGGACUUCCCCGCCGUACAGACCUCCGUGUUCUACUACCAGAGGCCGCCGUUCCACUUCUUCUGGAAACGACCUAAGGAACUGUACCAGAACCCCGUAUUUAUGUCUGACAUCGACACAUUUGACGUCACCCAGGGGAAAUUAGGAGACAAGUGGUUGGUUUCCUGCCUUGGGGUGCUGUUCCUCAGCAAAGGACUCUUCCACAAGGUGGUACCCACAGACCAGCGGGUGGACAGGGAAUACGCGGGGAUAUUCAGGUUUCGCCUGUGGUGGUGCGGCCAAUGGACAGAAGUGCUGGUGGACGACCGUCUCCCCACCGUGGACGAGAGGCUGGCCUUCCUCCAGUCCUCGCAGACGGGGCAGCUGUGGCCAGCGCUACUGGAGAAGGCUUACGCCAAAUUGCACGGAUCAUACGAGGCCCUGAAGUAUGGCAAUCUGCUGGACGGGUUGGCGGAUCUGACAGGCGGCAUUACGGAGUCAAUCUCGGAGAAGGUUGAUGUGGGUACUCUGGCGAACCUCUUGAGACAUAACAGCCUUGUCACGGCAUACUAUUCCCCUGGACCUGCCGAGGAACCACUAGUGGGACUACACAGCGAAAUGAAUUACAGAAUAUACAGGGUAGAUAAGAUUCGCACGACUGAAGGCAUUAUGUAUUUGGUACUCAUAAAAAGACCAUUGACCCCGGGGGGGCGGCAAACUGGGACAACGCUGGACGUUACCACAUGGAAAUUAAUCACCCCUUAUGAAAGAGAACGGCUGCUCUCCGAUGGGAGGGGUACAUGGAUGCCCUUCACCGACUUCCAGAGGCUCUUCAGCAGGCUGGAGAUAGUCCACUUGGACCCUGACACCAGCAAGCUGGAGUUUACAGACAAGGAGGCUUGGCAUGUCAGAAUGUUCCAGGGAAAUUGGCGGAGAGGCGUCAGCGCGGGAGGAUGUAGGAAUAAUGCCAACUUCUUCCACAUCAACCCACAAGUCCAACUGAUCCUCCACCAGCCCGGCACGGUUCUGGUCUCCCUCAACCAGCACAGCAUCAUGGAGCCCAAGGUCAUAGGGUUUAGCAUAUACAAGAUGCCAGCCUUUCUCCAGGAGACGGCUAACCAUACCUUUUUUAAAGGAACCAAGAGUACCAUCAAUAGUCAAUACACGAACAGUCGACAAGUUAGUCACAGGUGCGAGUUGGACUCCGGGGCCUACCUGAUAAUCCCCACCACUUUCGAGCCACGCGAAGAAGCCGACUUCUCUCUAAGAGUUUUCUCAUCGAAUUGCGUAAUAGACAUGAUGGUGCUGGACUGCACCCCUCAAAUACUGAAGACCGCCCUGAAGAAGGCGCCCGCUGGUCUUGACGCGACCAGCUUCGCCCAAUACGAGUCUGUGUUUCUGCAGCUAGCUGACGAGCGCAGAACAAUAAACGCGUUUGAGCUUCAAGAGCUGUUGGACGCCUGCCUGCCGAAUGAUUACAUCAAGAGCUGUGCUUCUUUGGACACGUGUAGACAGAUUGUGCUGUCUUUGGAUGAAACCGGCUCCGGCCGCAUCUCCCUGGAAAACUACAAAGAUUUGAUGUGUAGCCUUAAAUAUUGGCAGAUGAUUUUCAAGAACCACGCUCGCGAGAAGAUGGGCGUGCUAAGGGCGGAGAGACUCCGGGACGCCCUUCACGAGGUCGGGUUCGUGGUGCCGGAGCAGGUGCUGGCGCUGCUGGUGCUCCGGUUCAUGAGGAAGGACGGCAUGCUGAGGUUCGGAGACUUCGUGUGCGCCGUAAUGCAUCUGCAUCGAGCUUUUAGUAUAUUCUACGCAAAAGACGGCGCUUACGACGGAAUCAUAAAUUUAAGUUUCACUGAGUGGCUGAAAUACGCUUUUAUGUGUUAGCGGUUGUUCGAGUGGAUACCAAGACGAUAUGAACACAAGUAGUCUGUGAUUCUUAAUAUAUAACACAAUAGUUAGUAUCGUGGAGACAUAAGUGACUUUGCUCAGUGUUUAAAUCCUUAAAAAAGUGCAAGUACAUACAUAGAUUAAGUUUUUUUUAAAGUCAUGUAAAGGUGAAACGUCAAUGUCAUCUAAUAACUUAAGGUUGACAUUUAACUAUUGCAUGGAAAUAACCUAAAAAUUUAAGAACUUAGUUUUUACAUGCAUCGUGAAGACUUUUUUUCGGCUAAACAAUUAAUAUAAGAGAGAUUAUAAAUACUCAAUGCAUUUUGUUAGUUAUUAUUUUAUAUAAGGAGCCACGAUCUCAUGCAAUAUGAACAUAGUCUAAGAUUUUAUAAUUUUAAUCUUCCACCGAGCUGUUUUCAUUUACCUUUAUUUUUAAUUUUUUUUUCACAUAUUUUUUAACUCCUUGUCGCUGGCGUUCUUGUUUUGCUGAUUUUGUUUUAAAAUGGAAAUAAACUUUUUUUUUAACCCUAAUAAAGUUAUUGCAUAACAAGAACGUUAUUUUUUUUUUUAUUUAGUUGUUAGUAUUACACUUUGUGAAACCUUUUCAGAAACUUAUACUUUUUUAUUAAAAAAUAAAUUACUUUAAAAGUC